AUGGUUGGUCCACAGUACGACUUACUGGCGAACCCACUCGGCGUCGUCAGAUCCACCUUCGACACCGCCAUAGCCUCCGGUUCCGACCCCACUUCUCUAAACGGCCGCGACUGGGGCGCCAUCAAUCUCUUCCGCCACUUUCUCUCCGACCAAUCACAACUCUCUCAGGUUCCGCUGCUCACCCCAGCUACAAUCAACUACGUCAAGCCCAAUACUCUUGUUCGAUUCCGUGGGAUGAUUCAGGAUAUGCUGGGAAAUGAAUUUUAUGUUGGCACUUUUAAGGAUGGUUCCGUGUGGAGGACUAACAAGUUUUCGGAUUUUUCUCAAUAUCCUAUUCCUUUGGGUUCCUCUGUUGAUAAGCAGAUCUGGGAACGUCGAUUGCUUUACUGUGUUCCGAUUCCGGGACUAAGUCCGUGGGCGGAUUCUACACCAAAAACAGUUGCCAAUCUAUCUAUGGAUCGUACAUCAGAUCAAAGAGAAAAACGGAGGAGAGGAGAUGCCGAGUCAUCUGAUAUGCAUGUUGAGAAUGAUGCCGUUGUUGAGGGCUCUCCGAACAGUAAAAGAAUGAGAGAAGGUGAACACCCUUCCCCUGCCUCUCAAUCUCAGGGUGCUGUACCUGAGAUUGCUGGCUCAUGUACAAGUUUAAUGCCUGGUCUCAAUGGUAGUUGUAUCGUUAAGAUAUAUGAUACACCAGAGUCCGAACUGAGACUGAAUGAUGUUUUUGAGUUUGUGGGUAUCCUUACAUCUGAUCUAGAGCUUCAGGACGACAGUGAAGAUAGGGAUUUAUUGAAUGAAUUUAGUGAAGAUCCCUUGCAUAAUUUCCCACCUAACAAGGUACCACAGCUUCAUUGUCUUAUUCACAGGAAACUUUCGAUUCUGGACUUCCUUCAGAAUACACCUAUUAUAGAGCCAAAACCUGACUUGGUCAAAGGUAUCAGGGAGUCUUUGAUAAAACAUCUCUCAGCUGUUCUAGGCAAUGAUGACGUCGCUGCUCAUUUCAUGUUGUUACAUCUCCUAUCCAAGGUGCAAGCCAGGGUAGAUGCUCUUGCUGUUGGAAAGUUUUCAGUAAAUUUUACCUGUUUUAGCAAAGAAAUUGCGUCUAUAUUCGGAAAGCAACUAAGCUUUGCCAUCAAAAACCUUGUGCCUUUCACACAUUGCAUACCCCUUACAGUGGAAUACUUGAACACUGCUUCUCUUGCUCCGAAAAAGAAUUAUGAUAAAAAUAGAUUAGAAACUGGAGUCUUGCAACUAGCUGAAGGUUCGCAUUUGAUUGUUGAUGAGACACAAUUAGAAGCUGGAACUCUAAAUUCUGUAGGUGUAGAGAAUGCCAGUUUACUGAAAAAUUUAAUGGAGAAUCAAAAGGUGGAUUAUGAUUUCAAGUACUAUAAAAUGGAAAUGGCAACUGAUGUCCAGCUGCUAGUUUUGUCUGAGGGGAAAUCAAAUAUCUUGCCAGCUGAUGUAAUUGUACCUAUCCGACCUUCUGCAACCAAUUGCUCAGAAUCUGUGUCAACAGAAACUUUGGAAGCUUGGAGGUGGUAUUUGGGUACUGUUAGACAAUUGCCACACUGUAUGGAAUCAGGAAUGGAAAAGAUGGUAGAAAGUGAUUUAGUUGACGCAAUACAAGCAGAUAGGAGCUUGAGUAUCCAAGAUUUUAGCAGGUGGUUAACAAUGGGCCGCCUCAUGUCCUUGAGCUAUGGUGAGACCAGCAUGUCACUAGAACAUUGGCAAAUGACCAAGGAAUUGGAGAGACUCCGCAGAGAGAGGUUAAAGUGA